AUGCCUUCCGCGGCGCAGCUCCCCGUCACCAUGCUGGCCCUGGCGUCAAAAAGGCCGAUCGCCAGAAGUUCCAUGCAGCAGCACGUCGGCAGACUGAUGGCCGCCAACGCCGUUCGCACCUACGCCUCGCCUGCCGGGCCUCCGCCCCCCAACUUCCGCAUCAAGAGACACCAGACUUGGGACGAGGACCAGGAGUCGACGCUGAACAAGCUGGGCCGCUACUUCCUCAUGUCCGAGAUGGCGAGGGGAAUGUACGUCCUGAUGGAGCAGUUCUUCCGCCCGCCCUACACCAUCUUUUACCCCUUUGAAAAGGGCCCCAUCUCCCCCCGAUUCCGCGGCGAGCACGCCCUACGGCGCUACCCGUCUGGAGAGGAGCGCUGCAUCGCCUGCAAGCUCUGCGAGGCCAUCUGCCCGGCCCAGGCCAUCACCAUCGAGGCCGAGGAGCGCGCCGACGGCUCCCGCCGCACCACCCGCUACGACAUCGACAUGACCAAGUGCAUCUACUGCGGCUUCUGCCAGGAGUCAUGCCCCGUCGACGCCAUUGUCGAGUCCCCCAACGCCGAGUACGCCACCGAGACCCGCGAGGAACUGCUGUACAACAAGGAGAAGCUCCUGUCCAACGGCGACAAGUGGGAGCCUGAGCUGGCAGCUGUCAUCCGCGCCGAUGCCCCCUACAGAUAA